GAGCUACAGGAGAAAGCAGAGCCAAUGUGAUUUAUUGAAUGCAAGUACUGGACAAUUACCAACAACUUGUUCCUCUGUUGCCCCGAACAACCUAAAGUGGAACUAUUGUGUGAAAAUGACACAACAAAUGCAGAAUUUGCAUCUUUCUCAGUCAAAAAAACACAAUGCCCCAUCAUCUCCCAAUGCUGCAAAACGCCUGUACAGGAAUCUAUCAGAGAAGCUGAAAGGAAGCCAUUCUUCGUUUGAUGAGGCCUAUUUUAGAACAAGAUCUGACCGGCUGAGUCUCAGAAAAACCUCCGUGAAUUUCCAGGGUAAUGAAGCCAUGUUUGAGGCUGUUGAACAACAGGACAUGGAUGCUGUACAGCUCCUCCUUUAUCAGUACACACCAGAAGAAUUAGACCUCAACACACCCAACAGCGAGGGGCUAACACCUCUGGAUAUUGCCAUCAUGACCAACAAUGUCCCAAUUGCUAAGAUUCUUCUGAAGACAGGGGCCCGAGAAAGUCCACACUUUGUCAGCCUGGAAAGUCGAGCAAUGCACCUCAACACACUGGUUCAGGAGGCCCAAGACAGAGUGAGUGAACUGUCUGCCCAAGUGGAAAAUGAAGGAUUCACUCUGGACAAUACAGAGAAAGAGAAACAACUAAAAGCUUGGGAGUGGAGGUACCGGCUCUACAGACGCAUGAAAACAGGCUUUGAACAUGCCAGAGCCCCUGAGGUGCCAACCAAUGCAUGCCUCAUGGUAACCAGCAGCACAUCACUCACUGUCAGCUUCCAGGAGCCUCUCAGCGUCAAUGCAGCUGUAGUGACCAGGUAUAAAGUGGGAUGGAGCAUGUCAAAAGACUUUUCUCCUUUGGCUGGAGAAAUCAUCAUGGAGAACAUGCAGACCCUGAGAUGCACAAUCACAGGACUUACAACGGGCCAACAAUAUUUUGUCCAAGUCUCAGCUUACAACAUGAAAGGAUGGGGACCUGCUCAGACUACGACCCCAGCAAGUGCCUCUCCUUCUAACUGGAAAGACUAUGACGACAGAGAGCCUAGACACAAGGGACAGAGUGAAGUUCUGGAGAGUCUGCUGCAACAGGUCCGAGCCCUUCAUCAGCAUUACAGCUGCCGGGAAAGUUCAAAGUUACAAACUACAGGCCGCAAGCAGUCAGUAUCCAGGAGCUUGAAACACCUAUUUCAUUCUUCAAACAAGUUUGUGAAGAAUUUAAAACGGGGGCUUUACAUAGCUGUUAUAUUUUAUUAUAAAGACAAUAUGUUAGUCACCAAUGAAGAUCAAAUACCGAUUGUUGAAAUAGAUGAUUCUUACACCAGCUCCAUUAUGCAAGAUUUUUUGUGGUUCACAAAGCUGUCUUGUAUGUGGGAAGACAUAAGAUGGCUGAGGCAGAGUGUGCCUAUCUCCAUGUCCUCAUCCACAGUGCUUCAAACUCGACAGAAGAUGCUUGCUGCAACAGCCCAGCUACAGAAUUUACUUGGAACACACAACUUGGGAAGUGUUUACUAUGAGCCCAUUAAAGACCGGCAUGGAAACAUGCUCAUUGUCACCAUCAGAGAGGUGGAGAUGCUUUACUCCUUUUUUAAUGGCAAGUGGAUGCAGAUCUCAAAACUGCAAAGCCAGAGGAAGUCUCUAUCAACACCAGAAGAACCAACAGCCUUAGACAUUUUGCUGAUUACUAUCCAGGACAUUCUCUCCUAUUACAAAAGGAGUCAUCAGCGUCUAUCUCCUGGAUUAUAUCUAGGUUACCUAAAGCUAUGUAGCUCUGUGGAUCAGAUCAAAGUCCUUGUGACCCAAAAGCUACCCAACAUUCUCUGCCAUGUGAAGGUCCGGGAAAACAAUAACAUUUCCAAAGAGGAGUGGGAAUGGAUCCAAAAGCUUUCUGGCUCUGAAUCUAUGGAAAGUGUGGAUCAUACUUCUGACUGCCCCAUGCAAUUGUUCUUCUAUGAGCUCCAGAUGGCAGUGAAGGCUCUCCUUAAGCAGAUCAAUAUACCUCUACACCAGGCAAGGAACUUCCGCCUCUACACACAGGAGGUGUUGGAAAUGGGUCACAAUGUGUCCUUUCUUCUCCUGCUCCCUGCCUCAGACGACGUCUGUACAGCCCCAGGACAGAAUAAUCCUUACACCCCACACUCAGGAUUUCUUAACCUCCCUCUUCAGAUGUUUGAACUUGUUCAUUUUUGCAGCUACAGAGAGAAAUUUCUUAGUCUGUAUUGCCGCCUUUCUGCUGUUGUGGAGCUGGAUUCUCUGAAUACCCAACAGUCCUUGAGGGAAGCGAUUUCAGACAGCGAGGUUGCAGCUGCCAAACAACGACAUCAGCAAGUUUUAGACUUCAUUCAGCAAAUAGAUGAAGUGUGGCGUGAAAUGAGAUGGAUAAUGGAUGCUCUACAAUAUGCAAGAUACAAACAAUCAAUUUCUGGCUUACCUAUCACUAAGCUGAUAAACCCCUUGGAUGAGCAUCAUCUAAAAAAGAUCAGCUCUACAUCAUCACAUAUAGACUGUCUUCCAUCACCAUCUCCAUCCCCAGAGAUGCACAGACGAAAAGUAGUGAGUGAGUCCCAGCCCGGCUCUGAUGAAGAAGGCUGCUCGGAAGUCUUCCUCCCCACCGACAGCGACUACGACUCCAGCGACGCCCUCAGCCCCCGAGACCUGGACUUGGUGUACCUGUCUUCGCACGACAUCGCCCAGCAGGCCCUCAGCGGCCUCAGCGGCAGCGCCCCCGACGUCCUUCAGAUUCAUGACAUGAAGCCUCCGGCGGGGCCGGGCCAGGACCCGCAGCAAGGCCGGGCCCAGGGCCCAGACCCAGACCACGCGUGCACCGAGGUCCUCCAUGGCCUGUCACUCACGGGCUUCGCCCCCAAGAACCACACCAAGAUGGCGCCGCCGGGCACACGGCCCGCGGCGCUAGGCUUUCUGGGAAAGCGGAAGCCCGGCAAGCACCAGCACUACGGCGGCUUCAGUCGCCACCACCGCUGGCUGCGCAUGCACAGCGAGAUGACGCAGUCGCUGUCGCUCUCGGAUGGCGUUUACACUCAACACCUCUCCCCAGCCAGUGGCGCAUCCCAGGAAUCCCGGGAGGCUAAGCCGCUUCCGGGACCCGCGGGGGGCGAUGGGCCCAGGGGCCUGCCUCUAGCCCACGCGGCCAGCCUCCCAGAGGAGCGGAAGAGCCGCCUCCAGGACCCGAGGCCUCCUCCUCCCACCCACCGCAUCUAUGCCGCCCAGGCCUUUGCAGGGGCCCGGCUGGGCCAAGACGCAAAGCCCUGGGCCAGCUUGAGCCCUGUUCCCGCAGGCCGCAGCCGCCUGCGGAGCCCCUCAGGCCCAGAGAUGAGCCCUGAAGGCCCAGUGUCCCCGGUGUCGGAAAUACUUAGCAGCAUGCUUUAG